GCCUCUUCGAAAUUGUCAAAUAUAAAAAAACUCUAAACGACUCAACGAAUUAUUUUUUCGAAAUUGUCAAAGUAAACUCUAAACGACUAAACGAAUUAUUCAGACUGUCAAAUCCCAAAAACUCAUACAUAUUGAGCAGAGCUGCUACCAGCUACCUCAUCAUUCCAUGCGUUACAAAGUUCAAGGUUUUCCAACAUGGAGGCUGCAACAAGAUAUUUAAUUUUUCUUACAAUUGUUGGAAUAUCAUUCAUAAUCUUUCCCACACCAGCAGUAGGCGAUGGCAAGAAUGCUAGCACAGUAAAGGUUGGUGUGGGUGUGAUUCUUGAUUUGGAGUCCGUAUCUGGAAAGACGAGAAGGGCAUGCAUUACACUUGCGCUGUCUGAUUUCUACACCCACCGCAACCACAGCAAUGGCAGAAUACAGAUUGUCCCACACUUCAGAGACUCCAACUCCAAUGAUGUUGGUGCAGCAUCUGCUGCCAUAGACCUGCUGAAAAAUAAUCAGGUACACGCAAUCUUAGGUCCCCAGGGAUCGACCCAAGCAGACUUCGUAACAGACAUAGGGAAGAAAGUGAGAGUUCCCAUCAUUUCACCAGCCACAAGUCCUUCUCUUUCACCCAGCCAAAACCCAUACUUCAUCAGAGCAGCUUACUGCUCCUGCGCUCAGGCCAAGGCCAUUGCAGCAAUUGUUAAGGCCUUUGGUUGGAGACAAGUCGUUUUUAUCUAUGAAAACAGCAACUAUGGAAGUGGAAUUCUUCCCCAUUUGACUGAUGCCAUGAUGGAUAUAAGUGUUUCAGUAGCACACCAAAGCAUUCUUUCACCAUCAGCAGAUGAUGAUCAGAUCAUGGUGGAGCUACUUAAAUUAAAGACGAUGCAGACACGUGUUUUCAUAGUCCACUUGCAUCCACACUUUGCCCCUCAGUUUUUUGUCAAGGUCAAAGAAGCUGGAAUGAUGAGCAGUGGUUAUGUAUGGAUGAUCACAGAUGAAUUCACUAGUCAUUUGGUCUCUAUGGAGGCUUCAGUUCUUGACUCAUUGCAAGGGGUUAUAGGAUUGAAGCCUUACGUCCCAAGUUCAGUUGAGUUGAAUGACUUCAUCAGGAGAUGGAAAUCAAAAGAGUUUCGUCAACAAAAUCCAGACAUUGAUGGAGUGGAGCUCAAUGUUUUCGGGCUAUGGGCAUAUGACAGUGCCAUGGCAUUGGCUACACAACUUGAGAAACUAAACACUUGGAGUCUGAAAUUUAACAGAACAUUUAUUAAUAAGGAGAAUCCAACAGAUUUGGAUACAAUUGGGACUUCACAAAUGGGUCCUUUGCUACAUGAAUCCAUAAGAAAUAUCAAAUUCAGGGGACUAAGUGGUGAUUUCCACAUAGUUGAUGGAGAACUACAGCCAUCUGCAUUUCAGAUUGUGAAUGUGAUAGGUAGAGAGAAACAGAUUGGCUUCUGGACACAAAAGUAUGGGAUCUCCAAGAAACUAAUUAACCCAAACAGUACAAACCUUUACUGUGCUAAGGCAAAUGAUCUCGGGGCGAUCUUAUGGCCAGGAGACUCUACUGCUGUUCCAAGAGGCUGGGAAAUCCCCACAGGUGAACUAAGGUUGAAGGUAGGAGUUCCUGUUAAAACAGGAUUUCAGGAGUUUGUUGAAGUCAAAAAUGAUCCCCAGGGAAACACUGUAAAGGUAUCUGGUUUCUGUGUAGAUGUUUUUGAAGAGGUGAUGAAGUCUAUGCCUUACUCUGUGCCAUUUGACUAUAUAGCAGACCUUUACCCACGACGCAAAGACCAUCCAUACUAUGACCACUUAGUUGAUCAGGUCUCCAUUGGGGUAAAUACUGAAUGUAUCAACCUACCACUGCUUCCUUCAUUUGUUCAUUUACUUUAGUUACGUUAUAUUUAUAAUGUCACACUUGCACUUCUUUACUCUUUUGGCAGAAAUAUGAUGCAGUAAUUGGUGAUAUUACCAUCUUAUCAAAGCGUUCCAAAAAUGUGGAUUUCACUUUACCAUUUGCAGAGUCCGGGGUCACCACUGUUGUUCCCGUCAAACAAGAUGAAAAAAAGAACGUGUGGAUUUUCUUGAAACCUUUCAAGACAGAACUAUGGGUGACAACUGGUGUGUCCUUCGUCGUCAUUGGCUUUGUGAUUUGGAUCCUUGAACACAAGGUCAACAAAGAGUUUCAAGGUCCACGCCACAAACAAGUUGGGAUGAUCUUCUGGUUUUCUUUCUCAACUCUUGUCUUUGCACACAGUAAGUUCUAAAGACUACCUACUCCCUCAUCAAUUCCAUAAAAAAGAGUCGUGUUUGAGUAAGUUGCGACUUUUUACUUUUAGUCAUCUCAAUCAAGUUACAAGCUUUUUUCACAAAUUGCAGAGGAGAGGGUAAUAAGUAACUUAUCAAGAUUCGUGAUCAUAGUAUGGGUGUUUGUUGUUCUGGUCCUGACAUCAAGCUAUACGGCAAGCUUAACAUCUAUGUUAACAGUACAACAGUUGCAACCUACAGUCACUGAUCUCAACGAUCUGAUCAAGAAUGGGGGGCAUGUUGGAUUCCAGGAUGGUUCCUAUGUUGCUGGGAUGUUAAAGAGGAUGAAGUUAGAGAGCAACAAAAUGAGGAAUUAUAGCAAAUUAGAAGAGUAUGAUGAAGCACUUACGAAAGGUAGUAGAAACGGCGGAGUUGAUGCUAUUGUGGAUGAACUGCCAUACAUUAGGCUCUUCCUUGCAAAGUAUGGUGAGAAGUACACUAUAGUUGGCCCAACCUACAAGAGUGCUGGCUUUGGAUUUGUUUUUCCGAAGGGAUCUCCUUUGGUACCUGAUGUCUCAAGAGCAAUCUUAAAUGUGACAGAGAGCGAUGCUAUGAUGAAAAUAACCAGUAAAUGGUUUGGGAAUGAAGCAAAAGAUGAAACCAUGG